UUCUCCUCACGCUGCGGUUGCUGUUGUGAAUGUUCAGAGAGGGAAGGAGCUCGCGCUGUUAGCCUAGAAUAGCCUAGCAUCAAAACACAGAAGGACACAGAAAGGUGGAGCUGAGACUUUGCAGCAAUCAUGAAGUUCGUUCGCUUUAUCAUGAAGAACGCUGCGCUGGCAAAUGCGCCGAAACACAUCGAUCAUUUCUCUAAAUUUUCUCCAUCGCCGCUUUCCAUGAAGCAGUUUAUUGAUUUCGGUUCCAUAAACGCCUGUGAGAAGACAUCGUUUGUUUUCCUCAGGCAGGAACUUCCUGUUAGACUCUCAAACAUCAUGAAGGAGAUCAACCUCCUGCCUGACCGACUGCUCACCACCCCGUCAGUUCAGAUGGUGCAGAGAUGGUAUAGUCAGAGUUUAAUGGAGAUCCUCGACUUUUUAGACACAAAUCCAGAUGACCAUAAAGUUCUUUCAGAGUUUGUCGAUGCGUUAGUCUCCAUCAGAAACCGGCACAACGACGUGGUGCCGACAAUGGCUCAGGGGGUCAUCGAAUACAAGGAGACGUUCCCCCAGGACGCGGUCACCAACCAGAACAUCCAGUAUUUCCUGGAUCGGUUCUACAUGAGCCGCAUCUCCAUCCGAAUGCUCAUCAACCAGCACACUCUGGUGUUUGAUGGCACGACUAACCCAGUCCACCCCAACACCAUUGGAAGUAUUGACCCUCAAUGCCAAGUGGAAGAUGUGAUUCAGGAUGCUUUCCACAGUGCCAAAAUGCUGUGUGAGCAGUACUACCUCUGCUCCCCCGAUCUGAUUGUACAGGAGAUGAACAACAAGAAUCAUCAUCAUCCGAUAUCCAUCGUGUACGUCCCCUCUCACCUCUAUCACAUGCUGUUUGAGCUCUUCAAGAAUGCUAUGAGAGCAACAAUCGAGACCCACGAAAGCAGCAACAACCUCCCUCCCAUUAGAGUCAUGGUGUCCCUGGGUGGAGAGGACAUGUCCAUCAAGGUGAGCGACCGAGGCGGUGGUGUUGCAUUCCGCCGGAUCGAGAACCUUUUCAGCUACAUGUACUCCACUGCUCCUGCUCCUCAGAUCGGAGACCACUCCAGGGCUCCUCUGGCUGGCUUUGGCUACGGUCUCCCCAUCUCCCGUCUCUACGCCAAGUACUUCCAGGGAGAUCUGCAGCUUUACUCGAUGGAGGGUUACGGCACAGAUGCUGUCAUCUACCUAAAGGCCCUGUCCACGGACUCUAUCGAAAGGCUGCCGGUUUACAACAAAACAGCUCUGAAGAAUUAUAAGAUGGCACAGGAGGCUGAUGACUGGUGCGUCCCCAGUAAAGAACCUCUAGAUCUGCGCAAAUUCAAGGUGGCUUAGCAAGAAGCUCUGCAGCACUGGCUGGUGCUUCUCGACCACAAAUCUCCUUGUUUUCCCAAGGAAUCAUCCGCCAAGGACGAAGAGCUUCCUAAACCAAGUACCCUCCCAAGAACAGAGCGGAACAGCCUGUUUUUACCAGCAGCAUGAUGCAGCUCCUGUCAUCCCCUUUUUGGUUUUUAGUAGAAAAAUAGACAACAGGAUGCUUGGAUGGAGUCGCCUGCGUGGCGUUGAAAUUCCCUCAGCAUUAAUGGGGACAGAGUGCAGGUUGGAGGCAGCACCCAGGAUGUUGUGGGUGUUUAGAAAAGAAAAGUCGUAUUAGUGGACUGAUGAGAUGUGAUGGGAAGAGGUGUUUAAAAGACAUCCUGCAUGUUUUGACACAUUAACAGGAAGACCUGUUGUUUUAGCCUUAAAGUAGCAAAUCCACCCAAGGGCAAGUUGUUUUGUUGGAAUACUUGAACUAUUAAAACUAAUCUUUUCACCUUGUUGAAGACAGUACUGUAACUGUUCAAAGUGUAGAACAACAUUUUUAUUUGUGUGAAUGUUUCUGCUUUUCUGAGUUUAUUUCUGCCUGUACAAAUUUAGGACUGAUGUUUCGUCAGGCGUCCGGACCAGGCUGAAUGUAAUCCUCCUUUUACGUGUGAAAGAAGAAAUGUGCACUAUGUAACAGAAACCGUCGAUCCGUGUUUCGAGUCGGCGUUGGUGUUUGCCAGCCUUGAGUAAAGGCUAUGUUCAAUAAAAUCAAGUGUUCGCAUGCUCCAGUGGGAGCUCAGCGUUAAACCUGUUUGAGGUUCAAAAGGCUAGUGUCGGUUUUAUUUUCCUACUGUGCCAAACGAGUAUGUCUUGGGUCCAGAUGUGUUCAGAAUCAAUGGUUUUACUUUGUUUAUCUUAAUCAUACAGAAUGCAAAUGGGUAUUUUUUUUAUAACUAAACUUGUUUGUGACUGAACUGAUGCAAAUAAAACAACAUUAAAAAAAAAUUCUAAGAUGUUUUUUCA